AUGUCCAUUUUCAUUGGAAAGAAUCAGAGGGUGUUAUCAAAGUUCUACCAGCACAUCCUUGCCCUGGUGUUUGCGAUUGAUGAGGUCAAUGAGAAUCCCAAGGUCUUGCCCAAUGUCACGCUCGGGUUCCACAUCUAUGACAGCUACUGUAACUCUAAAAUGACCUACCGCACCACUCUGGAUCUGCUGUUUAACUCGCAUACCUUUGUCCCCAACUACAAAUGUGGCCCCCAGGAAAGUGUAAUAGGGGUCAUUGGGGGACUGAGCUCUGAAGUCACCUUGUGCAUGGCAGACAUCUUGGAUCUUUACAAAAUUCCACAGAUUUCAUAUGGUUCAUUUGAAGCAUCCAUGAAUGAUCACAUUAAGUUCCCUUCCUUUUACCACAUGGCGCCUAAUGAAGCUCUUCAGUAUCAGGGAAUUAUCCAGUUACUUCGGCAUUUUGGAUGGAAAUGGGUUGGGCUCAUCAUUCCAGCUAAUGAAGCUGGAGAACAUUUCUUGAAUACCAUUGAACCAAUGUUUUUCAAAAAUGGGAUCUGUUCAGCAUUCACAGAAAGAGUUGAAUACCAUGUGCAUUUCACUGGUAAGAUAACUGAUAUGCUGAGUGACACAAGGAUUUUGUCCCCAACUUUCAUCACAAGCAAAGCAAAUGCAGUUGUUGUAUAUGGAGAAAGUGCAUCUCUUGUAUGGUUGUCAACUUCUCUAAAUGUAAUAAAGAUAACUCAGUUCAUAUUUUCUCAAUCCAAAAAGAACUUACCUGAAGGAAAAGUAUGGAUUACCACAGCUCAAAUUGAUUUCAUAGUAUACGUUCUUCAGAAACUUAUUGAUGUUAAUAUACAAAUGUUCCAUGGUGCCAUCUCCUUUGCAAUUCAUUCCAAGGAAAUUCAUGACUUCCGAUACUUUCUGCAGAGUCUCCACUCAUUCCUACAGAAGAUCUCAUUCAACAACUCUGUUGGUGAUGAAAUUACAUUAAAUGAACGUGGAGAAUUAGCAACUGGUUUUGAUAUUACAAAUUUGAUCACUUUCCCAAAUAGAUCCUACAUCAGGGUCAAAGUGGGAAGGCUGGAUCCUCAGGCCCCUCCAGGCAAAGAGCUCACCAUUAAUGACGGACAGAUUGAAUGGCACAGGGACUUGACUCAGGUUCCACCUCAGUCAGUAUGUAAUGACAACUGCCAUCCUGGUUACGGGAAGAAAAAAAAGGAAACAAGCAAAUUUUGUUGCUAUGAUUGUGAUCCAUGUCCCAGCGGGAUGUACUCAAAUGAAAAGGACAUGGAAACAUGUUUCAGUUGCCCAGCAAAUAAGUAUCCAAAUAAAGACCAGGAUAAUUGCAUUCCUAAAAUACCAAGCUUUCUGGGCUUUGAUGAAAUUUUGGCCAUCAUUUCAACUUUCUCUGCACUAUUGUUCGCUCUGAUCACAACUCUAGUGUUGGGCAUCUUCAUUAAGCACAAGGACACUGCCAUCGUCAAAGCCAACAAUAGAAGCCUCACUUACAUUCUCCUUGUGUCCCUCCUCUUGUGUUUCCUCUGCUCCUUGAUGUUCAUUGGAACACCUAAGCAGGCAACCUGCCUUCUCCGACAAACAGGUUUUGUCAUCGUCUUCUCUGUGGCCCUCUCUAGCAUCUUGGCCAAAACUAUAUCAGUGGUUUUGGCAUUCAUGGCUACCAAGCCAGGAUCCACAAUCAGGAAGUGGGUAGGCAAAAAACUGGCUUAUUCCAUUGUCCUCUCCGGCUCCAUUGUUCAAGUAGGGCUCUGUGGAGUUUGGCUGGCAACCUUUCCUCCUUUCCCAGAUUUGGACAUGCAAUCAAUGAGUGAAGAAAUUAUAUUGUUAUGUAAUGAAGGGUCAGUCCUCAUGUUCUACUGUGUUUUGAGCUACAUGGGCUUCCUGGCCACUGUCAGCUUCACUGUGGCCUUCCUAGCCCGGAAGUUACCUGACAGCUUCAAUGAAGCCAAGUUCAUCACCUUCAGCAUGCUGGUCUUCUGCAGUGUUUGGAUCUCCUUUAUUCCAACUUACCUGAGCACCAGAGGAAAAUACAUGGUGGCUGUGGAGAUCUUCUCCAUCUUGGCUUCAAGUGCUGGAUUACUGGCUUGCAUCUUUUUUCCCAAAUGCUACAUUAUUGUAGUGAGGCCUGACUUGAACACCAGAGAGCAUUUAAUACAAAGAAAGAUAUAA